GUCACGCUGCUAUUUGGCGGCCAUUUCUCUGGAAGCUUGGUGGCUGGGAAGUUGCUGUAGCCAGCUCCAGUCCACGAGGGCCGGACGGCGCUGAGUCGGCGGCGGGUAGUCUGCAGCAUCUGCCCACUACAGCAGCAGUAGUCGCGAUGAGUUUGCCUCUCAAUCCCAAACCUUUCCUCAAUGGGUUAACAGGGAAGCCAGUGAUGGUGAAACUUAAGUGGGGAAUGGAGUACAAAGGCUACCUGGUGUCUGUAGAUGGCUAUAUGAACAUGCAGCUUGCAAACACAGAAGAAUACAUAGAUGGAGCAUUGUCUGGACAUCUGGGUGAAGUUUUAAUAAGGUAACAAAACAGUAGUCGUAUAUAUAAGGAGUUACUGGUGACCAUUAGAAAUACCUGUUCAAGUAAAUUAAUUAGUGCCCAAGUCUCAAUUACUUUUAAAAAAAUCAUUAUUAAAUCAACAUAAUAUUCUACAACCAGACUUCAAGGGUCUUGAAAUUGUUAAACUUGCCAAAGCAGACUGACAUAUUUUGGAGCUGUUCACUCUUAAGAUUUUUCUAGUGUGAUACUAAACUUUCUAGCUCUUAACUGUACCUUUUUGAGUGGUUUCAGUAGUUGAAACUUGGUUUUGAAUUUUAGAUGAAUCUGGCUGCUGUUAGAGAUAUGUAUUAUACUUAUUUUCUAGAACUAGUUUCAUACCUCCAAAUUCUAGUCAUUAUUCCCUUGGGAAGAUUGUAAAGAUACCAUUUUAUAACAGCCUCAUGGUAAAAAUAUAUAUGCUUUUUAAAAAAAAAAAAUAAAUCGAAGGUAAAUAUUUUAAAAAGAGAUGAUAUAUUGUAAUUUUAGCGUUUGCAUUUUUGUAAUAAAAAAACAGAAUAAUAGUUAUAAUUCUUAUGUGGUUUCUGGUUGGAACAACAAAAUGGACUGUUUUUCUAUUUACAGGUGUAAUAAUGUCCUUUAUAUCAGGGGUGUUGAA